CAAUAUAAUUAAUUGGUUAAACUAAAAAGGAAGAAAAUUGUGUGUGUGUGAGUACGUACUCCUUAUAUAUUUACGCGUCUGUGACAGUGUGUGCCCUAAUUUCUCACCGUGAAUUCGCUUCGGGGAAUCUUAUCGAGAUUGAGAAGCAAUGCCGGCGCAGUUGAUGCCUGAGAUUUCCUUCGGCGGAGGCCAUGGAAGGGACGGAGCUUCUCCGUUCUACAAAAGGUUGGAGGGGAAGGUGGCCAUCGUCACCGGCGGCGCGAGGGGGAUUGGGGAGGCGACGGUGAGGCUGUUCGCAGCUCAUGGUGCGAAGGUAAUUAUAGCUGAUGUGGAGGACAAAUUGGGGAUUUCAGUGGCGGAGUCACUCGCUCCUCACGUGACCUACGUCCACUGCGACGUCGCGUCGGAGGUUGACAUCAGGAAUCUGAUAACCGCGGCGGUUACCGAUCACGGCGGCCUCGACAUCUACUUUAGCAACGCCGGAAUCCUCGGCGACCAGGCGAGGCACAAGAGCAUCCUCGAUUUCGACGCCGACGAGUUCGACGAGGUCAUGAGAGUCAACGUCCGAGGCGCGGCGCUGGGGAUGAAGCACGCCGCCGGCGCGAUGAUCCGCCGCGGCGGAUGCAUAAUAUCGACUGCGAGCGUGGCGGGGGUGAUGGGGGGGCUGGGGCCACACGCCUACACGGCGUCGAAGCACGCCGUCGUAGGGUUAACGAAGAACGCGGCGUGCGAAUUGGGGAAGUACGGAAUUCGAGUGAACUGCAUAUCGCCGUUCGGAGUGGCGACGAGGAUGCUGGUGGCGGCGUGGCGAGGGGAGGGGGAGGAGGACGGCGGCGCGGAGGAGGUGGAGAGGGUGGAAGAAAUGGUGAGGAGGAUGGGGAACCUAAAAGGGGAGACGCUGAGGGCGAAGGACAUAGCGGAGGCGGCGGUGUUCCUGGCCAGCGAUGAAUCCAAAUAUAUAAGCGGCCACAAUCUGGUGGUGGACGGCGGCGUUACGGCGGCGCAGAAUUGUGUGGGGCUGUAGAUCAGGUCUGUACGUAUAACUAAUUAAUAUAUAUUUAAAUCUUUGGGUCCAUUUCAUUUCCGUAUAGGGGAAGAAGUUGUUUGUGGUUUUAUUAUUAUUCUCUAGUGAAAGUUGUAUCAAUGUUUCUUGUUGAGGUUAAAUAGAAGAAAGGUUGCUCUCUUUAAAUGGACACUUAAAGAAUUUUUUGUAAGUUUCUUUUCCUAUAUUCUCAAAUUGGUCGCUCAAUGUUACUAGGAAAAUUCUUA